UUGCAAACUAUUUCUUGGUAUAUCUAUAUGUUUUAUAGAAAUAUUAUAAACCUGAGUUCCGAGGUGUCAUGGGUUGCGUUAAAAACGCUGUGUCACGGUAUUGAAUUUUAAAGGCUCGAGAAGAAUAGAGUAGGCUAUACAUCACCUGUUUACCAUGAAAACCACAUAUUUUAUGGUUAUGAAGUUUGCAAUACUAGCAUUACUAUGUGGAAUGGUAGUGGUUAAAAGUGAAAACAUUGAUGCAUUUGGCAAAGCGUGGAUAAAGCGAAAUGGGACAUAUAUUAGAGAUAAUUGUCGCAGAACAGAAGUUUACAAAAUGAAACAACACAUGUGUCUGCCCACCAACCUGACUGCGUGUGUAGACCACCACCUUCGAACAAAUCUUUGCAAGUUUUGUGCUAUCAAUGAAGGAGUAGAAACAGGCCAAUGUGAAGGAGAAGGCAUACAAAAUAAAUCGAAAAAAGCAGAAAGUACAACACUUGUUGUACAACCAACCACAACCCAUACAGCAAUAGAAGUAGAAGCCGCAACAUUCCAUGAAAAUGAGACAACGGGGCAAACAGAAAAAUCAACAACUCAAGUGCAACGAACCACAGAAUCACCACAAGUACCAACAAAGGCAACAAAUAAUAUAGAAGAGACCACUCAAGUAACACCAGAUGUUAUGGAAUAUGGUUCUUUACCUUGGUGGUUGAUUGGGGUUAUAGUCGCAUUUAUUAUUUUGUUACCAAUAUUAGUAGUCGAGGUCCCAAAGCUGUGUAAGAGUCAGAACGAACAAAGGGAAUCAAUAGAGCUUGGAACCGUACAAUCAAGCAGGGAUAGAGAAUCUGGAAUCAAUCUGUUGAGUGAUUCAGGCAACAAUAAUGUCAUCAAGGAUGCAAGAGAAGAACGUGCAGGAGAAACGGUUAACCUUGAGCUUAAUGAUAAAGAAAAAAUUAUUAAACAUUUUGCAGAUAAUUAGAAGAAAAAAAUUAGAAACUGGAAACUGUCUGCUAACAGAAAAAAUACAAGUACAAGCAUUAAAAUUUACUAGUGUUUUAAAUAUAUAGCAAAACUUACAAAUGAAUGUCGUAGAAAAGCAUAUCAGUGUUGGUUGUGUUUACUUUUGAUGUAAAUACUGAUGUCGCAAGCCUUUCCCAGUUUCAUGUGCUAGUGCUACCUGCGUUUAAAUUGCACAUUAUUACCACAACCUGGGUUGACAAAUUCGCAAGUGUAUUUUAUCA